AUGCCAACAGCUCAUGCUUUACAAAAUCUUAGUCAUCUAGGUAGAAAGCUUAGUCAUCUAGGUAUACACUUGUGCAGAUGUUCGCCUAUCGCGAAUCUCAUGGCUUGGUACUCCGGGCCGAGGGGAUGUGCGUCAACACGUGACGUCCUUCUUUUGGAUGCGGUGCGGUUGUGCGCGGGCAUGCCAGCACAGUUUACCGUGCGUCGAGAUGAUGAUGAGGUUCGAGUAGAAGAUGGUUUAAAAUUUGCGCCUGUUUUGCAUUCGACUCCUAAUCAAACGAUCGUGGCCGAGAGAGGAACUAAUCUCGGUCGUCAGGUUCACGGCCUGAGCUACAAGGCCGUUUAG